CCUUUCGGAGCCUCCCGGCGCGCAGGGCUCGGCCAGCGGCGCCUCCGUCCGGCUCUCGCUCCGCGCCGCGCUGCCAGCAUGACGGACCAGGCCGUCUCCUUCGCCAAGGACUUCCUGGCGGGCGGCAUCGCCGCCGCCAUCUCCAAGACGGCCGUGGCCCCCAUCGAGCGGGUCAAGCUGCUGCUGCAGGUGCAACACGCCAGCAAGCAGAUCGCGGCCGACAAGCAGUACAAGGGCAUCGUGGACUGCAUCGUGCGCAUCCCCAAGGAGCAGGGCGUGCUGUCCUUCUGGCGGGGCAACCUGGCCAACGUCAUCCGCUACUUCCCCACCCAAGCGCUCAACUUCGCCUUCAAGGAUAAGUACAAGCAGGUCUUCCUGGGCGGCGUGGACAAGCACACCCAGUUCUGGAGGUACUUCGCGGGCAACCUGGCCUCGGGCGGCGCGGCCGGCGCCACCUCCCUCUGCUUCGUGUACCCCCUGGAUUUCGCCCGCACCCGGCUGGCGGCCGACGUGGGCAAGUCGGGCACCGAGCGGGAGUUCAAGGGCCUGGGCGACUGCCUGGUGAAGAUCAGCAAGUCGGACGGCAUCCGCGGGCUGUACCAGGGCUUCAGCGUGUCCGUGCAGGGCAUCAUCAUCUACCGGGCCGCCUACUUCGGCGUCUACGACACGGCCAAGGGCAUGCUCCCGGACCCCAAGAACACGCACAUCGUGGUCAGCUGGAUGAUCGCCCAGUCCGUGACGGCCGUGGCCGGCGUGGUGUCCUACCCCUUCGACACCGUGCGGCGACGGAUGAUGAUGCAGUCGGGCCGAAAGGGAGCUGACAUCAUGUACACCGGCACCCUGGACUGCUGGCGCAAGAUCCUCAAGGACGAGGGCGGCAAGGCCUUCUUCAAGGGCGCCUGGUCCAACGUGCUGCGCGGCAUGGGCGGCGCCUUCGUGCUGGUCCUGUACGACGAGCUCAAGAAGGUGCUGUAGCCGGCCGGGCCCCGGCCAGCGUCCAGUCGCCUCGCCCCGGCCCGCCCGCGGCUCCGGGGAAGGCUCAUCGCGAUCACGACCAUCGGCACCUGAUUCCACGUCUCCGCUCGGGGGGAGGGAGGCCCCGGCUCGGCCGCGGCGGGGCAGCCGGCGUCCAGGCGCGGGGCCGCGCGUGUUUAGGUAUUUAUUUAACAGAACGAUCAUGUCUCCAUUUGUACUUAAGCACUAGCCUCUUUUGCACAACCGAGAUUUGCAAUCAUGUUCGCCGCCGGGCGUCCCGCCACCGAAAAUAAAAACCGGACACGGCGGGCGUGGCUGUCUCUUGCCCCGAGGCGC